GGAACAGACAUGAAGUAUGGCAUUGCCACACAACAAAGAUUACGUGACACACGACACAACUUUCGUCGAAAACAUCUAAUAACGCCUGCACUCCCGCACACACCGCACAAGGGUGACGACUUAAGCAGAUGAGCAACUACGGACGGCCUGUGACCCGCUCCUACUGCGUUCACCACCCACCCAUCACACAGACGGGGAAGGCGCGUCGUCAAAAGCGGCGUCCCUGUCUCUCCUUCCCUGACCGCCCGGCUGCAGCCCCCCUGAUGACCUACGGCCACCGGCUAUCCGGCCCCUCUCCCUGUCUAUCGCCUCCCUAUUAGGAUCGCGCACUUCUCGGUCCUCCGGCGCCCCUCGCGGCCGCUGGCUGUACUGGUGUUGCUGCUGCUGCUGGCGCUGCUGUGAGUAGGAGCCGCGUAUCAUCUCUGUUGGCGGUGCGCUGUCGGUGUAGUCGCUGGCAUAGUCGGAUGAGCCAUGUCUCGGUUGCCGGGUCUGUUGGGGGUAGUUCAUGCGGCUCACGGACGUCAAGCCGCCCAUCGACGUGACGUCCGACCCACCCGGCGACACGUCUGCCACACUUGGCGGCAAGUAUUGGGACGUGGCUGUUUGGUGGAGGCUCACACCUUCGAUCAGCGGCCGGGCCUGCGUCUGGGGGCCGUAUGUUGGCUGUGUGAAGGACGAACUUGACAUCGUCGGCGACCGCGAAGCUCCCGACAUAGAAGGGUCAGAUGAUGGUGGGAUGGCUCCCUCCCUGGCCAGCCUCUUACGGGCUUCCUUCUCCUCCCUCUGUCGCUGUUUCUCGUCAAAGUAGGGCCUUACGAGCUUCUGGUAGAGUAUGGGCGAGGUCAUGAGGAAGACCAGAAACCCUGUGCCGACGAGACAUAUGAUAACGAUCGCCCACACAGGGAACUCCUGCGCUUUGGGCGGCUUGGCGUCGGGCACGCUCCGGACCGCACAUGUGAUGUCCGGCUUUUCCUGUGGACAGGAGGUCCGUCCAGGAGCACACUCCGGCACCCAGGCCCCGUCGGUGCACACAAAUGUCUGCGACGAGAUCGAUCCCUUGGUGGGAGCAUAUCCCGACGCACAACGUACUGUCCGCGAAUUCGUGUCGCUGCCCAAGACAGAGUAGUUGCCGUACUGGGCGAUGAUGGGCUCCAGGGCGAGACAGCCCCCGCCAAAUUGACACGUCAACGUCGGCGCGGGCCACACUCCGUUAUCGCACACCAGUGUCUCCGGGUCAGGCCCACCAGUUCGUUCAAAGCCUUCGAUGCAAGAGACAGUUCGACUGUUCCCGUGCCGCUCGCCAAAGCCGCUAGUCUGGUAACUGGUGGAGGUGUAGGGGUCGGAACCGCACGGCAGCCUGCAGAAGAGGAGGUACUCUCCCCUCGGCGGAAGCCACUUGCCGUUGCUGCAGGUGACGACUUGUGGGGAUGUGCCUUCGAUGGCGUCAUAGCCCGGCUGGCAGGCCACUGUGCGGGUCGAUCCAUCUGCGGUGCCUUGGCCGCUGAUGGCGUAGGGGAGACUCGCCUAACAACAUCAUGCAGGCGUAGGGAACACACAGACCGCAUGUGUUUGUGUGUGCUCACUCUCACCGAUUCAGGGAUAUCGAGGGGGACCAUUACGGGGCAGUCCUCUUUGAUGAGCGAAUUCUCGAGCCCCUCCAUGCCGAGGGUGCCCACAUAAGGCAUUGGAGGGGCCUGCAAACUGGACGCUCGCGGACUCUCGCGCUGAACAGCGCUUGUGUAGAUAGUCGCUGAGUCGACCGUUAUUGGGGCCCGGCCGUCGAUAAGAGCGGCUCUGAACGGUGUCUUGUCUGCGAGGGCCGCUUCAAUGGCCUUCCUGAGUUCGCUACUUUCAUGAAGGGCCUUCAGUUGCUGCAUGGAGAAUGCAGUUUUCAAUGUGAGUGACUGAGAAUGCCUUUCUGCCUCUCCUGCUUACAGUUUUGGCCCUCCUGGCUUGUCCGCCCACAUCGACAGCCACUUCCAGGCGAACGCUUCCAGGCCACAUGCGGACCUCCGUCACAUCCGAUGGCAGCACACCCAACAGGUCAGCCAAUGUCGCCUUCAGAAUUGCUUGCAGCUCCCUCGCCCCACUGUCACGCUCUGUCAAUGUCGAGUUCCAGCCGGGCGUGAGGCGGUCGAAGUUGAUGUUGUCGAGCUCAAAUCCAGCGCGAACCACCUGUCUUGGCAGACCUUGUGCGCAUGCGCGGUCGAGGGAGAUGCCACAUUUCUGUUCGACCCACGCAAGAGACCGGUCGAGCCUCCACUCUGGCAUGGUCAGCCGGGGGUGGACGGCAUCGAUGCGAAGGGCCUCGCGUAGCACCUCCCAGAGAGGGGAGAGACAGCAGCCCUUGUCAUCCAGCUCAACUGCAGACACAGAGACAUGACACACACUGGCCGGCAUGUGCUGGGCGUGUGUGUUCAAACCGUCGAUCGCUUUUUUGCAGUCGAAGGUUGCUUCCGUGCGGCUGCAAUUGAAGGAGGGGUGGAAUGGAGAGCACAGAGCCGUGUGCGCCCCGACGCUUGGCCCCUCCGUGAAGAGUUCCUCAAUGGAAGGGUUGCUCCCCAGAGACUGAGGGAAACAGCCAUCACGAAGAACGAGACACGCAAACGACGUGUUCGUGUCGCAGCAUGCAUAUUGUUGUUGGCACUUACCGCUGCGAGCGUCUCGAGCUUGCUGAUGUGUGUUAGCCGGUCAUCGACAUUUGGGAACAUGCUGCGGAAGAAGCAGUCAUCUCCGUCCCAGCCACACGCCUCAUUGAAGCAAGACACGUCGCACUCGCCGUCUGCCCGAACAUCAAACGGACGGACAGACAGACAGACAGAUAGACAGACAAGCAGACAAAAAGGUUGAAAGAUGAAGUGCCAUUGACCUAAAGACACGUCGCCCGUCACGACUCACCUCCGAUGUAUCCAACGGGACAUUCGCAGUUUGGGUAGCUGCUGCUCGCCACCGGGCUGUAUUCGAUGCUGUUGCGCCUCCUGCGGUAUUGGAAUAUGUACUCGCCGCAGUAUCGCCGGUUGCGGUUCUGCUGGCAGAAGAAACGGCCGUAGGAUAUCAACAGCGCACCCAUGGCGGUGUCGUAGGGGUCCUGGCGCUCCUCGCCGCGGCCAGACACAAUCUGAGGAUCGACAGCAGAUCACGUGUAUGUCUGCCUGACACACCACGAUCUGUUUGGGUACCUGUCCGAGCGUUCUUGCUACGAUUGUGAUGCACUGGCCCUUGCACGGAUCCACCGGUACGCCGCCUUCACGAGGCGCGGCAACGACGGGGUUGUACGUAGCGAUCUGCUGCACCGCCGACGCACAAUAAGCAGAUCCAGUCUCAGGGUCCUCUCUGCAGCGAAAGAGAUACGUAUUAGGACAGACACGCAUCGAGCGAAUUGCGUAAUUUGUACUUACUUGAGGCACAUAAUGUCGACUGUCUGGGCGGUGAAGCCACCGAGGUAGUCGUCCACCUUAGCCAUCAGCCGCCGUCGAGUCUCCGCUCCCACAGCGGCGAAGUCCAGCACGGGGUGCACCAGCCGAUCGACCAACCCAUCCAGAGACCUGCCGCCACCACUGAUGCUCCGUGCUGCAGUCAUGUCUCUCGCCACCCGUCUCGCCACGCCUCCCUGCGUAUGCAGAUCACCCCGGAAGUCGGCGCCCUCCAGCGGUGCGUCGAUGGACAGCAUUCGUGUGUCUGGCCGGCCGCCCGGCUGUCGCAUGGCCAGCCGGUGGAGGCUUUCGUAGUAGUCGAGGUUGGACCUGAAGCAAGAAUUUGGCUGGCAGUCGACGUCCAGCUGCUGCGACUGCUUGAGGGCAAAUCGGUCGAUGGCGAAGUUGCGCUUGUCGCUGCCUGCCUGGGCGAAGCAGUACUGGCCGCUGGGCCUAGCGCACCAGUCAUCUAUGAGGGACCUGAUGUUAACGAGACAAGACGCAUCAGCGCGGGUGCCCACCACACAAGCCUCCUUUGCUCCUGACCGUGCAAUCGUGACGUCCUCGCAUCCAGGCCCACUUGACCCGGCGAAGGACUCCACCACGGCCUCCAUCUGCCUCACACAGGGAGUGCCCCCCGAGCCCUCACAGAAAGUCCUUAUAUCCUCCUGGGUCUCGCCGUAAAGCCACGUUCCACACUCGCCCAGCAACACAUUGAAGAACUCAGGCAAGAAGGCGCAGCAGCCCUCCGCAUCCACACGGUUCGUGCACUCGGCAGGCGGCUUGACCACUGCGGGAGCUGCAAACGACGGGCCGCCUUCGGGUGGGGCGAGGGGGUCCCUCUCGCAGCGGAUGACAGAGCGGACGGGUGGUUCAAACUGGCCGUCAAGGCAGGUGACCUGAGCAGGCUGGUCGAAGGGAGGGCCAUAGGCCCGCCGUGCGUUGGAGAGGCAGUCAACCAUGCGCACGUCGCCGUGACUGUAGCCAUUCACGCUGCCGAAUGUGACGUUAAUCUAACAGAGCAGGACAGAGGCAGGAGGUCAGAGAGUGGGGUGGGUCUUCAGGCGCGUGCUCUCACUUGGUAAAGGUCUCGGUCAAUGAGCUUGAAGUCUCCCUCACUGCAGAUCCGACACGGCCGGCACUCAGGACCACCGCAGUCGAUGCCCUAAACCAAGAGACACGCACAUUAAGACAGAAGUGUCGUGUAUCUUGUGCGAUGAGGAACGCUUCUCUCUACUUGUUCCACUCCGUUUUGGAUUCCAUCGUUGCAUGAGAUACAUGCAUUUGGGCAGCUGCCGCCACAGUCCACACCGACCUCAUCCCCAUCAGCAUACCCGUCGGUGCACGUCGGAACUGCGCACACACACACACGCACACACACACACACACGAGAGAGAGAGAGAGAGAGAGAGAUACGUGCACGUGCCCGCCACUGCCAUCUUUCAUACGUAUGCACGUGAGUCGCAGCCCCGAUGAGUCAUAAAUCCCAUUUCGACACUCGAUUGGGGCCGUCUGGCACAGCUCGACCGCGCUCUUGGCGUUCUCAGUCACCUGGUAGGCGCCCUCUCUGCACUUGACGUCGAUUUUCCGCCCGUGUGGCACAGUCGUUGUGUCGGAUAUGACCUCAUAUGCCGCAGAGAGAAUCGGCAGGCCGAUGCAGCUUUGGCAGGCAGGGCAGGAGCCUCCGCAGUCGAUGUCCUGCUCGUCGCCAUUCUUGAUGCCGUCUGUGCAUGAGGGGCAUGAGGAAGCCGGACAUGGGCCGCCGCAGUCGACGCUGGUCUCGCCGCCUGCCACGAGACGAAAAGACACAGAGACACAUGAUGAGGCAUGCUCUAGUUGACCGCGACUGUAACCGUUUCUGAUGCCGUCAGUGCAUGUCGGUUCGCACAUUACGCGACACACGAUGCCACAAUCCACGCCAUCCUCACCGCCGUUCUGCACCCCAUCAGAGCUGGAGAAGACGACAUGAGUGUGCAAGCCGCGAUGCAUCUAUCUAUCCGUUAGGUGUGUCUCCCCUUACCAGGUCGGGCAGGACGCCUCACACGACCCGCCACAGUCAACACCCUCCUCGUCGCCAUUCUGAAGCCCGUCGGUGCAGCUCGGGACUGACCGACAAGCAAAUACAUAGACAGAGUGAAGAUCCACGAUCGCAUUCAUCCAUUCGUCUAUCUGUGUAGCUCCUCGCCCGCCAGCAUACAGGUGCAUAUGGUGGCGGGUUUGUCGAAUCGUCCGUUUGUGCAUGUGAUUGUUGACUCGCCGGGGCCGCAUAUCUGCAGGGCUGUCGGCUUGCACUUGAGUGUCCGCUCUGCCAUGUACCGGAAGUCGCUGCUGCCUGGCGGGGAGAUGAUGUAGGCACCCUUGUACUGCAGCAGCUGGUCUUCAUUGCACCGAGCUGCAUGCAGGAAAAAGAGAGAGCGAUGGAUGGGUUUGCGUGUUGUGUCUUCGGGUCACUGCGUCCCGCUGCCCACCUCUGCAAGUGAGGUUUGCUUGGCCGUCCCAUUCUCCGUCGUAGCACUGGAUCAGCUGCUUCACCUUGUCUGAACGUCGCGCACGUCACAUGCAAACAUGCACACAUCCAUCUUGUUCAUUCACUGACUCACUCCACUCACCCAUGGGGUCAUAUCCAUCGGCACACCGCACCUCCCUGGUGCUCAGGUGGGUCGUACCGGAGCCCAGCACAUCAUACUGUAGCGGCGCCAUAAACUCGCUGCAGCGCCCUGACAGCAACCACCACACCAGACACAACACAACAUUCACGUGUACAUGAUGGAUGGAUGUGCUGCCGCUGGCUCACUGAAGCAACCGAGAGGCACGGUCUCGCCCUGCAGCCACACGCCAUCGUUGCACACGACAGCUGACGGCUCCACCCCGGUGUAUGCCGCUGCUCCCGGCGCGCACUGUAUCGAGGCGAUGGCGCCCUGGCCGAAGCUGGUUAGGUAUGAUCGGUAAUCGUAAGACCGGCCGAACUGAUCCGUUGGCACGUUGCAGGGCGCUGCAGGCACGGAAGAGUGAGUGAGGAAGGAAGAGUGAGUGAGGAAGAGUGAUUGUCUCUGUCUGCCUGUCUGGCUGUCUGUGUGUCUGUGUGUCUGUCUGUCUGUCUGUCGAUGUGUGUGGCAGUAGCACUCACACACGAAAGCAAGGGCUCACUCACCCCUGCAGAUGAGUUGCUUGAGUGUCCACGCGCCCGACUCCCUGCAUGUGACAAUCUCCCCGUCGGUGCCAGCCUCCCUGGUGGCGUUGGGGAGGCAGCUGACGGUGAUGCUGUCACCCGUCCACUUCUGAGAACCCCGGAUAUCAUACCCAUUGCCGCCAGGAUUGUAGUCGCCGCAUGACGCUGACAGGAGACAGACAUACAGACAGACGAUGGACCCAUAUGGUCGACCUUCCUCCCUCCUGCCGUGCUUGCCUACGUUCGCAAUUGAGCUGCUGUUGGAGCACCUGAGCCUGGGUCAGGCCGUCAGACGUGGUCCAGAUGCCAUCGGUGCAGAUCGCCGUGGUGCUGUCGUAAUUGCGAGAGGCGUAACCUCUGGCACAGUCGACUGUGUAGACAGUCCCGUGCUUGCGCCCGAGCCCCCGGGCAGAGAUCUUGGAGCCCAGAGAGGGAAACUCACCGCACGGACCUGGCAUGAGUGACCAUGACCAACAUACAAGCAGACAGAUGACAAAAAACAAUGGGAAUGCUCUUGUCUCACCCUUGCACUCGAUAUUGUACUCAGUCCACCUGAGCGGGCUUCCCCUGCAUUGAGAGGCCUGCGGCUGAGCGCCGGCGGUUAAGACAGAGUCUUCCCUACACCUGAGAACCCGCUGGGUUCCCUCUGUAGUGCCGUCGCCUUCGAUCGAGUAGGCGAUGCCCAGGGAGGGGAAGGGGCCGCACGAGGGACCGCAUCGGAGGUCAAAGCCGCCCCACUUCCCUGCAACACCAGACACACAGGAAAGAGGCAGGCCGAAUCUGUUGUCCCUGUGUUGGUCCGCUUGUAUGCGCAGCGUUCGUUACCUACCGUCGUUGCAUUCGACUUCUUCAAAGUCAGCGCCGGCUGACACGCCAAAGCCCUCCGCGCACGUCACAUUGACGACGGCUCCGUGCUCCACACCUGUGCCCUCGAGCGCAAAUUGAGGGCCCAGCUGCUGAAACGGACCGCAGUCGGCUGGGAUAGAGUAACAAGGACACGUGGCGGCCAGGGAGAUGACACAUGGAUGGAAAGUCGAUCGGUCAAUCACCCGUCUCUUCCACCUUUGCAUUCGAUGGUUUUGGGUGUAAAGUUUUCGUUGUCGCACACGACGAUCUCCGUCUGGUUGGGGCCGUCCACACUGAAGUUGGGUGCACACGCGACCUCCCGCUCCGUCAGGUGCUUGACGGCCGGCCAUUCGCCGUAUUCCCUGCCUGAUAUGACGUACUGGGGACCGAGAUUGCCGUACUCAAGACAGGGAACUGCGCAGACACGCACGCACAUUUAUGUGACUGAGGGAUAGACAGCGAGAGGCGCGAAAUGCUGGAGACGUGCGUACCUCCGUAUGCCUGGAAGACGAGUGUCUCCUUCUGGACCCAGGGGUUGUAGGCAAGGUCGGUAAUGGCGCCUAGACUGACAUCGAUAUAGUAGACCUCGCCGUACGUGAAGGGCUCCCCUGGCUUCAACACGAUCUUCGCCGUCUGGUCCGAGACGAUCCACUUGCCGCGCAUGCCCUCAUCGGAAUCCGGGACAAUCGUCUGCUUCCCACCCCAGAGGUCUCCUGAGUCAUGAACAUAUACAUGCAUUCACGCCGAGCUGUCCCUGUUUGUCUCUUCCUUCACUGACCGACCUGCGAAUACAAUUUCGGCAGGCUGGUCUGGGCGUGAGUGUCCGUAAGUAACUGGUUCAUUGAACGUCAGGACCACCUCGGAGUCGAUGGGGACGUCGUAAGACGCUAUUUCAGGUGACAUGCCGAUGAGGACCGGGCCGGUCCUGUCUGGCGCCUUGCUGCACAGCACGUGGACAUCGGGCUGGUCCUCCCAUUUGUCGACGAACUUGUACCACAGGCCCGACAUCGGGAGGUCGGGGUUGGCUGCAGAGGCCAUCAGCUCAGGGCUGGUGCCCGCUAAUACCUGGUCGGGGUCCAAAUCGUUGUCAAUGAUCCACGCCGCCGCAGUUUCUGCAUGCACAACAUAUAUGUAUAUAGGUAUACACAUCGAUUUGUGGCAGUACAUCCAGUCCCGCGGACGAGACACGGGCGGCCACACCCGUCGUGUACCCACCCACCUCCUCGUUCCGGUGUCCAGUAGAGGAAGAAUUCGGCAAUAUCUCCGCCCUUCCAGACGGGGUGGCCCCUCUCGGGCUCGAUGGGCCUGUACAGCCCAUUAGGGUUCCCCCUAAGGUGGUAAAAGCCUGCCAAACGGGGAAUGAGGUGUGUAUCGGUUGUGUCUGUGCGUAUGCAGUGCAACCGACCGGUGAUGUAUAUGUAUGGACAUCCACCGUCUUUGCGGAUUGAGAAGUCGUAAUCCACUUUGCCCUGAUUCCAAUUGCCUGCAGAUCAAUGCGUGACAACCCACACACUCAUCGUCUCGCCUCCUCUCUCCUUUGGUGGGCAUUUACCUACCCUGCAAGUCGGCCACGAUGCCGGCGUCAAAGCCCACUAAGUAGUCGCCCUCGGGCAAAGACGCGGCAUUCGGCUCCGGGACGAACGUCAGUUCCAGGCCAGAUACCGUCACGCUGGUGCUACCUAAGUGAAUCACACAUAUUUCAGGCGCGCAGACACGCACACACCUAUGAAGCAAGGAUGUUGGUUGGCUGGAUUGAUGCUGUCUCUUGGCUUACUCAUCCUGACUUCCCAUUGUGCGCCUUCGACUGCGGUGUUGAUCAGGAUGAUCCUGGCAUCCGCCUUGGCCUUCGUGACCGACUCGCUGAAGAAGAACUUGAUCUCCUUGACGGGAGGCACCGCAUUCGAGCCUUUGGCGGGCUUGUACUCCUCCACGAAGGGAGGUGAGCUGUCUGCCUGUCGGCCGCAGCAGAGACAUACAGAAUCAAUUCGGGUGUGUACACGUGUACGUGUGUUCAGGCACAUACUUGGCAUGUGCCUUCGAUACAGAACUCGUUCUCCUCACACUCAUUCGACAUGAUGCACUCAGCUGCACUCAUGCACACACAGACAAACAAAGAGACCGGGAGGGACGAAUGGAAGAUAUCAUAAGACGGGGACGAAGGAUGGAUGGUACAGUGCUUCCCUGCUUUGUCUGCUUACCGACUGAGAGAAUGCCCAGGUCAGCAUCGAAGUCCUCAGGCUGGUUGCAGGGGAUCCCGUCGCCACCGUUGUCCUGACCAGCGCACCCACACAGCCGGUUGGUCGCUGCACGCCCGAAUGGUUGGCAGAAGCACGACGCAGCACCACCCCAAAGAGACACACCCAACACACACGAGCAUAGACUGAAACGAACGAGCCAAUCAGACGUGUUUGGUCACCCACGUACCUCCGGGGAUCGCGUCGGUGCCGAUGUUGAUUUUGCAGUUUUCGUCAGUGUCGACGUCGAAGGCGCACGGCAGUGCCUCGUCGUCGAUUGCGUCGGGGUCGAGAGCCACUUCGGCACCGCACUGCUGCUCUAUGGCCAAUGGCAGCACCUUGAACGCCUCUCCUAUUGCCUGAGUGAAUCAAUCAGUCACCCAACAUACAAAACAACACAACACACGCAUGUGCCAUGUGGAGUGUCAGAUGUCCACUCAUCCAUCCAUGUACUGACUCACGCUAGAUGCGAGUGCGGGCAGGCUGCAGGCGUCUUGUAUGAGGCAGAAGUAUGUCUCAGCGCCGGCCUCGACGGCCGUCUCGACGAAGCCCCCGCAGUAGGGGUUCAGGCCCGUCUGGGGGUCAUACAGGCAGUAGGCCAGCACGUUGUCGGUGCAAUGCUUGUUCGUGGUGCACUCUUGCGUAACCACGAUACCUGAUAGAUAAUCAACUCACACACACACGCGGAAGGCGAAUGAGUCCCAGCCAAAUGGGUCAUAUUGAUAGCCGCAGUCUGUAUUCUGUUUGCCCGCGCCUGGCCUGUUUGUACGAGUACCUACCGAGUGGCACAGUGAAGUCCUCAGGCCCGUCGCAUUUCCUGUUGGAGUCCCCCCGUGCGAUGCCGGGGCACCCGCACAGACGGACGCCAUCUUGGCCUCGGAUGGUGGUGUUGCGCCGGAAAGGGACACCCAGGUUGACCUGGCAGCCGUCGGGCUCAUCCGCAUCGCACGUAAACGUAUUCUUCGUGAAAAUCGACUCUGCAAACAGAGCACGCACACACAGAGAAGGCCGCCCGGCGUGAUUGACGUGCCGGUCAUCCAUCCAUUCAUUGGUUCGCUUCCCCUCUCCGCAUCUUUGUGUGUGCGUAUGUUUUGUGUAUGCAUGUGCGCACCGGAGGCUGUGAGUAUCUCGCUGCCACAGUCCGAUAGGAAGUCGACGGUCGCCAGCUUGAAAGUGUCGUCCACCCCGGCGCCCGGCAGGUCAGUCACGUCCAUCUGACAAAAGUAGCCGUCGACGCACACCUUGGUGCGGUCGAUCCCGGGCUCAAACCCAGUGCACUGCCCGUCUCGGCACACGCCAUAGCCCUCGAAGCACUCCCCGUCUACCGUGCACUCCCCACCGCCCGUUGUCUGCAACCGACGGGGCGACACCACACCGGCGCUGCUCACGAGGGGAUGCACGGCGUCGGCGUGCAGCGGGACUGUCGAGGCAGCUUUGACGGUCAGCCUGCCGAGAUUGGUAGUGAAAUCCUUGGCCUCGUCACAGUUGUUGACGCCGGCGCAUCCACAAAUUGUGGCGUCGAUGGCGUCGCCGCCCAUGACGCCCAGAUUGACACCACAAUUGAUCUCAUCGGAUGAAGCGGAUGCGAGACAUGGGAACGAGAGGACAUGUGGGGAAGAUGCUGACGGUUGGGGGCUGCUGGAGAGGGCAGCGGUGCUCUGAUUGGCGCGGUUGAGCUCUGGGCCGAUGAGGAAUCCCUCCUGUCGCUUGGGGGGAGGGGAGGGCGUCGGCAUUGCCAUUUCCACAGAGUCUGUGGACGGAAUGAUGAGCAACCUGCGGAAGGCAAAUGGAUGGAUGAGUGUUGCGCCAUGUCCUCCUUUCCUUGGUGCGCACCGCACCCGUGCCCACCCUGGAGUGUCUGAGUCGCCGCAUCGAGGCUGUGGGCCCCUCAUCGGGUCAGGAUGGAUGAUGAGCGUGACUUUAUAGUCUGGGUUGAUGCCCAUGCCUUUGAUGCCCCACAGAAAGCACAUCUCAUACGCCUUGCACACGUGCUGCGGCGGCGCCGACAGGCUGGUGGGGGCGAAGCCGUGGGCCUUCAGAGAUCCCACAGGGGCCAGAAAGUCUAUGGCCUGAUUGCAGGGGAUCCCAUCACCUGCACAGACACAGACACAGACACAUGCAUAUGUAGCAUUCACGUCGAGACAUACCUCCUAUGUCCACAUUUGGGCACCCGCACAGGUUGUAAGAGCCCAGCAGAUCCGAUCUCUCUAUCGUCACGUCACAGCUCUUCUCAUCCCUGGGCAGGCAUGCCGCCGUGGCCACGGCCGCCCUCUCGCUCGCGCCGCAGGGCUGGUCGUCAGCGCGCACCUCGAGACGGUAGCUUUCCGCAGGGUUCUUGUCAAAGUGCCCCGGGAUGCCACGCACAACGCCUCCGGGGCCUGUCCCACAUUUGUACGUGGAAUGACCCGACCCAGCAAAACCUGACACACACACACGGGCGCCGUACUCCGGUGUGCCCCUCGCCAGGCCACACGGCCCACGCAUCAAUCAGAUCUCACCCGUGCAUUUGCCGUUGAGGCAUGUGCGUCCCUUGCCGCAUUGUCGGUCCGUUUGGCAUGCACGCAGCUCAGCAAGUGCGCCCUCGUCCGGCAGCUUCCUGUGUUUGUGCGCAAGGACCUCCGAGUUGGACACAUCCUGGACCGCCACUACCUGCAUCAACUCACGCAAACCAUUGAGAUCUCAAUGCGUCUCAAUGGCUCUUUUCCUUCAUUCGCCAAUUCGCCAUUCGUACCGUGUCAUCAGGGAAUGCGCCCGCCGCGAGGAAGACAAGGACGGCCGCCACGAGUAUGAAUGCAGUCCUCAUCUUUCGUUGGUGUGCGCCAGGAACAUGUGAAGGGUUGUCGUGUGAUCCCUUUAGGUCGACGGUGGCGCGUCGGCGGGAAAGGGAGG